GAGAGACUCGCGGGUGACUUGUUUGCUGAGGAUAUUGGAUUUCUCUAUUCAUCGUCGUUAGUUCCCUCUCCUCUCUGCCAGCUCUGUGAGGACGUCUGAUGCACUGACCAGCCCUGCUGUAGCCUGUCACUCUCGGGGUUGUCUAGCCGUGGACACAGACUGGACUGGACAUCCGUGAUUGUAUUUUUAAAAACGAGCUGGUACAUUACCACACCUUUGUUGCGCGUUGAAGACACUAUAUGAACAGUGAAGGGACUUUCCGUGAACGAAGAGACUCCUGGUUUUCAGUUGGGGUUUAUUUUACGCGUAUUUUUCUGUGAAGGUUACGGAUCUUGCUCAAGAAUAAGGGCGUUUUAGAAGAUGAAGACAAGUGAAUGAUCACACGAAUAUAUGUGCUACUGUAAACCAAGACAUUGCCCUGAGUAGACCCUAACGUCAUUCCGUUGUGGUUUAACACAAAUCAGCUUCCUUAGAUCUUACUUUUGUUGUGUUAGUGUAUUUUUGCAUAAUAUAUUUUUCCCCCACUGAUUUUUGGAUUAGCAGAACUGUAGAAUUAAUAUAAUACAGGGAAUACUCACCAAGAGGGAAGAUGGGGAACAGUGUCUAGAACUGCCAGGAGAGGAAUGCCCCAGACUGUGUUCCCAGCAGCAGGCACCAUGUUCACCCCCAGUGGCUUCAGCCCCCACCUGGCCUCCACCUGCUCUGAGGCUGACCAUGAGGAGGAGGAAGGCCCCCAGGAGGCCAGAGGACCUGGGGCUUGCGUGGCCGACGGACCCCCCAUUACCUCCGCCUCUCUGGACACUCUCAUCCAGCACCUGGUGCCCACCGCAGACUACUACCCAGAGAAAGCCUAUGUGUUUACAUUCCUGCUGAGUGCUCGUCUGUUCAUCUCUCCUCCUGAGCUGCUGGCCAGACUCUGUGACACCUGCAUCAAACAACAACAGUUGGACCAGAGUCCACUGGACACGGCUAAAGUGAGGAAGUUUGGUCCCAAGAUCCUGCAGCUGCUGACUGAGUGGACAGAGACGUUUCCCACAGACUUCAGAGACCAGAAGAUGGUGGGCCUUUUCAAAGAUAUCAUCCACAGGAUAGCACCCUGUGAUGAGGCGUAUUGGAAGACACUGAACCAGGUUUUGCAGACCCUGAACCAGAAGCUGGCAGCCAUCGCCCAGGGAGAGGAGAGCAUUGUCAAAGUGAAUGCCUCCUCAGUCUCCUCAAUCUCAGACAAGCUGGUGGGCUUCAAGACCAAGCCUCCACCUAUCCAGAAGGAUAUACUGUCUAUCUGCAAUGACCCAUACACACUGGCACAGCAACUCACCCAUGUGGAACUGGAACAUCUCAGUUAUAUCGGUCCUGAGGAGUUUGUCCAAGCCUUUGUUCAGAAAGACCCACUAGAUAGCACUCAGCAGCCGUGUUUCAGUGAGCAGAAGAAGAAGACCACUAACCUGGAGGCUUAUGUCAGGUGGUUCAACAGGCUGUGCUACCUGGUAGCUACUGAGAUCUGUAUGCCUGCUAAGAAGAAACAGAGAGCCCAGGUGAUUGAGUUCUUCAUCGACGUGGCCAGAGAGUGCUUCAACAUUGGCAAUUUCAACUCCCUCAUGGCCAUCAUCUCUGGUAUGAAUAUGAGUCCUGUGUCUCGGUUGAAGAAGACGUGGGGCAAAGCCAAGACUGCCAAGUUCUUCAUCCUGGAGCAUCAGAUGGACCCUACUGGAAACUUCUACAACUACAGAACAGCACUUAGGGGAGCCGUCCACAGGUCCCAGACUGCUAAUAGCAUCAGGGAGAAGAUUGUGAUUCCCUUCUUCAGCCUACUGAUCAAAGACAUAUACUUCCUGAAUGAGGGAUGUGCCAACCGCUUGCCCAAUGGUCAUGUACAUUUUGCGAAAUUUGUGGAAUUGGCUCGCCAGGUGGGAGAGUUUAUGACGUGGAAACAGAUAGAGUGUCCGUUUGAGACAGACAGGAGCAUCCUCCACUACCUCCACACUGCUCCCAUCUUCAGUGAGGACGGCCUCUACCUGGCAUCCUAUGAGAGUGAGAGCCCAGAGAACCAGGUGGAGAAGGACAGGUGGAAAGCACUCAGGUCUAAUAUUCUGGUGAAGACAAAAGAGCUAAAAGAGCACCAUGGCAGCUAACCCUCAGGCCAGCCCAGCGAGGGAGGGAGGGAGGGAGUGGAAUCACUGCACUAAAACAAACUGUGAAGGAGCCUAGCUGGUGCCGAGGUGUUUUUCUACACAUGAAGAAUAGAAGUGAUGAAACAAGAAUGAUGAACAGGAUUCAUCAACAUCAUGACCAGUAAAAACACAAUGGAAGAACAAAGUUCAACAAGCAGUGAAAAGUGAAGCUACUGUAUACCUUUGGUUUGACUUUUGUACAUGGGGUACAUAAUAAGGGAUAGAUCAAUCCCGCAAUCUUGGUGUUUAUUUACUCUUUAUCAUCUUUCUUUGUCUCUCCCUCUUUCUUUCUUUCUUUCUCAUCUUUUUUUCUCUCUCAUCUUUCUUUCUCUCCAAAGCCUUGUGUAAGUUUUCUAUUGUACUGUUAGAAUCCUUUAAAAGUAAGAGUAACUAUGAUGUGAAGGGCGCUGGCUUGCCCACUUAGCUGCCGGACUGUGUUUGGUCCUCUACUACUGAAGACUCCUUCUUAAGACUACUACUGAAGACUACUUCUAAAGAUUACUUCUAAAGACUACUUCUUAAGACUACUUCUAAAGACUACUUCUAAAGACUACUUCUAAAGACUACUAUCAAUGACUUCUACUAAAGACUACUACUGAAGACUCCUUCUUAAGACUACUUCUAAAGACUACUUCUAAAGACUACUUCUAAAGACGACUAUCAAUGACUUCUACUAAAGACUACUACUGAAGACUCCUUCUUAAGACUACUACUGAAGACUACUACUAAAGACUACUUCUAAAGACUACUAUCAAUGACUUCUACUAAAGACUACUACUGAAGACUCCUUCUUAAGACUACUUCUAAAGACUACUUCUAAAGACUACUUCUUAAGACUACUACUGAA